CAUGUUUGUUUACAUCACACGUUGCACCCAAUUUGUCAAGGAUGAGAGAAUUGGAAUCUGCGACUACCUAUUAAAACGCAAUGCUUUAAAAUUUAACAUCAAAAUAAGUGUAUAAAUGAAUAACAUUAUAUGGAUAUAACUCAAAACAGCGCAACUUUUACAUUUUAAUCAGAUGAAGUAACAGAUAAAGACAUAGAAAUAGUUCACCAUGGGGAGUCAGGCCAACUGGCCCCAUGUCCUGAACCUGGGGAACAGCAUCAUAGGAGUCACAGUGCUGGCCAUGCCAUUUUGUUUCCAACAGUGUGGUGUAAUACUAGGUUCCUUGGUGCUGUUCUUCUGCACAUGGUUAACCCUGGUGUCGUGUAAACUUCUCAUCACGGCUGGAAUCUCCUCCAGGAAAAGGUCCUAUGGAUUUUUAGCACAGUAUACCCAUGGGGCCCCUGGCAAGUUAGCUGUUGAGAUAGGAAUGAUAGGGUUACAGAUUGGAACUCUGAUAGCUCAGGUGGUCAUUAUAGGAGAUCUCGGCCCAGCCAUCAUCUCCAAGUGGACGGGACUACCGAAUACAAACAACCUGCGAACGGCGCUGAUCGUGCUUGCGUGUACCUGUAUAGGACUGCCCCUGGGUCUCCUCCGUAACCUGAACACCGUCAGCAGGGCCAGCACCUUCUGUAUCUGCUUCUACUCUGUGUUCGUGGUCUAUGUUAUGGGGUUGGCUCUUCCCAAUCUGAAGGCAGGAAACUGGUUUCAGAAUGUCAAUCUGUGGAGAGUGGAUGGGCUGUUUAAGUGCUUACCUAUAUUUUCAUUUGCUUUUGGAUGUCAAACACAGCUGUUCAUUCUGUACGAUGCACUCCCUGAGCCCUCACUGAAGGAGAUCAGCUCCAUUGUCAGUAGUGCUGUCAACAUGUGCAUGGUUGCUUACUUAUUGGUGGGAUUCUUUGGCUACGUAGCAUUCUGUGAUACGACGAUCGGCGGGGACGUCAUUACUCAGUUCUCCGAGACGCUUGUGGUGGACAUCAUUCAGAUUCUGUUUGUUCUCUCCAUCGUUGUCACUUUCCCCCUCAUCAUCUAUCCAUGUCGGGGGAGCUUCUACACCCUGCUGUUUGCUCAGAAGCCAAAGCAUGAGGAUAUAGAGUCUCGGCCCAUUAUUCCAGAAAUUCAUUUCAAAGUCAUCACUAUUUUUAUCGUUUUGUUUUCUAUGGUGGUAGGAAUUCUAGUUCCCAAUGUGGAGUUUGUACUAGCCAUGAAUGGAGCCACUAUGGGGACGUUGAUUUGUUAUAUAUUCCCUGCCGUUUUCUUCCUGAGAGUCAUGACAGCCUCAUCUGAGAAAAAGAACGUGGCUCAGUUUGUGUUCAUUGUUGGAGUUACGAUUAUGGUUCUUUGUACUUACACAACCCUGAACUCCCAGGACCAUGUCCAGCCAAAGCCAUUAGUGGUAGAGAAACUCCCUGUUACACAAAAACCAGAGAGUAAACCGGUGGAGAAAAUAAUCAAGGAUGAAAAAAAUGCCUUGCGUGAGGACAAGAAGAGAAUCAUGGACCAAAAAGAAAAAGAUAAAAGAGUGGAACAACCUGACAAAGAGAGCAAAAUAAAGCCCCCGUCGGAGGAUGACAAGCGACAGGAACCCCCUAAUCCCCACCCCCCAGACAAUGGGCCUGUCGCAGACAAUGCUCCAGUAGAGGGAAAUAACAGUCAGAAAGAAAUUGUGAAAGAGAAGAAAACCACGAAACAGACAACCUCCAACAUUAGUAGUAAAAAUGUUAACAAGAAACUGAAACAAAAAAGCAAAGCCAAAGAUGGAGAGGGACAAAAAAAAUCUCCCCCUGACGAGAGAGUAAAAAGGGAGGAAGCAGAUAUUGAGGGGGCAGGUGAAGGUGAGAAAAAAGCUGAGGUCAAGGACACCCAGGCCGAGAAAGAAGCGGAGCAGAAACAGCAGGACUUGCUGGAUGAGUUAAAGAAACAACAGGUAGAGCACAAGAAGCUGAUCCAGGAGCAGAGAGAGAUCCUGGAAGAGCUGAAGGAACACAAGCGAGCGGCGCACAAGGACGACGGCACAAAGAUCCAGGCAAUGGCUCCAGCAAAUAAUGGAGAAAAUGUUGAAAAUCAAAACAAGGGGCAACAACAGCAACAAGGAGUGAAUCAACAACAAGGAGUGAAUCAACAACAGUUUCAGCAGAACCAACAACCCCCACAAGGUCAACAACAAAAUAGAGGUCAAGGUCCAAUAGACCAACAAGUAGUGAAUCAACAGCAGUUUCAGCAGAAACAACAGCAAGCACAAGGUCAACAACAACAGAAUAUACAAGGUCAGGGUCAGAUAAAUCAAGCUCAGAUUCGACAACCCCAGCAAGGUAGCUUUCAAGGUCAAGGUCAAUCUCAACAAGGCAAUAUACAAGUUCAAGGUAAUCAACCAAUUCAACAAGAGAAUUUACAAGGUCAAAGUCAGCUCAACCAAGGUCAGCAGUUCAACCAAAAUGCCUUUAAUCAACAAGUAAAUCAAAAUCUGCCAAUGGAUGGGAACCAGAAUCAAUUGGGACAAAAUCAGGUGAAUCAACAGCAACAACAAAAUAUUCAACAAGGACAGGGUCAGAUCAAUCAACAACAGGCAUUCCAAAAUUCAGCCCAAGAACAAGUGCAGCAGCAGCCACAACAAGUAGUUAAUCAGCAACCUGAUAAUAACAUAAAUAACAUCAACAUUCCUGCUCAACAAAACAUGUUACAGCAAGCACCUGCUGCUGUGAACAAUGGAGGUUUGAAGAAUCCUCAAAAUGUUGACACCCAGAAUCUAGGGGCAGCUCCUCAAGAGUCCAAAGUAGUAAACAGUGGUCCUGUGAAACAAGCUGCUGAAAAAGUUGAGAAAUCAGACCCAAACAAAGGAAAGAAAGCAAAGCCCCCACAUUCUGACAUCUAAGGGAGAAAGACUUUCAAAGUGCCAAAGACUUCCACAAUUAGAUAUCAAGAACAGGGGAGGUAACUCUUGUGAUUUGUUGUGUUCGUAAAUUGGAUGAUAAUGUUCAUUCCUUAUGGUGCAUUUUUGUAUGUUUUGGAGUGUUACAAUAUUCAGAGCUUAUUUUAGCUUACCCUCGUGUGGUGUUAUCAAACAUGUGACUGGUUUUACAGCUGCAAUCUAUGGGCUUGUCUCGUAUUUAAAGAAUCAUUACUUAUGAAAAGAAGUCAAGCUUUACUUAUUGUAACACAUGAUUUGAGGGAUAUUUAAUAGGCAUGUGCAAUUUUUAACUUAAAUAUGCAAAUAAUGAUUAUGAUAUAUUGCUACCGAUAGUUUUGCUCAGUUUAACUUGGGAGGAUUCUUUUAGGAAAAUUAACAUAUUUAGUAAUCAUUAAAUUAAUUUUUUACCCUUAUGUUAAUAGAAGAAGUAUUUAUAACUUUUUGUGUCUGUAUUUUGCUUAUGUGAAAUUUGUUGAUAAUGCGAUGUAGACGUAAUUGUUCACUGUCAUAAUGUCCAAAUAUAUCAUAAAUAUUGUUACAGUUCUGCUGUCAUUAUUCAGUAUUUACUCUUCAUUAAUUUAUGUGCUUUAUUUAAUUGCUAAUAUGUUAGGAAUUAGUUAUAUUUUGAUAUACAUUAGGAUUGAAUACUGGAACUACUGUUCCAUUGAAGUCACAUUCUGUUGUUGGUUGAUCAGGGAAGGCAAUAUUAUAUGAAGGAUAUAAACAUGUAGGAUCCUCUAUGGUUUGUGAUGGGAGAUGACUUUUUAUCUUAAAAGGUGUGCUUUUUCUAUCUCAACAAGAUAAGUUCAUGGAUAUAACUCCUAUUUCAUUGCAAAUCUAGAACAUUUUCCUUUUAUCAUGUCUUUGAGAUGUAAGUAAACUAAGGUUUUUGCUUACAAUUCAUUGUGAUGUCAGUCACAGUGUGAUAUCAUUAGUUUUAUUAUUUAUUAUUCAUUAUUUCAUGAGCGAUAUUUACUGUAUAUUUACAUACUUGAUAAUUUGUGCAUUUAAUUUGUUGAUAAGUUGUUACAGAUCAGUCAACAGUUUUGGGAUUAUUCAUAUGCAUUGUAUAUAUGCAUAUUAAAAUAGAUCUAAAUUGUUUGUUUUAAGCAGUGGGUGAAUGAAAUUUUUCCAAUAUUUAACUAUUAACUCUGAAUUGAAUAUAACGCUUUAAUUGAAUUAAAGUCUCUAAAGCUACAGCUGUAUAUGGAGACUGAUCAGCACAUUUAUUCAUCAAGAAUUCAUGUAUUUUUCCUACAUCGAGGAUUAUGAAAGAAAUUUGCUUUUAUGUUAUGAUGAUUGAUAGAAAAAAAGCAAUAUACCUGUAUUGUUUUCUUUUAAAUAUUAUAAGGACGUAUAAUCACAAGGAUCAAUUUUAGCCUCCACAAUUCUACUUUUUGAAAGAUGUUUUGAGUACUAGUAUGUUAGAAUGUUGUCAUUUAGAAGAGAAGACCCUCAGGUAUGCAUUUCAUUGUUUGCAAUCACAAGCAGAAUAUGACAAGAAAAAUUAUAAAUUUCUAUAUUUCUUUUUAUGAAUAUAUUCGUCAUACUCUUAGAAGCAGAUAAUUGGCAAACUGAAAGAAAGUGUUUAAUGAAAUCAAAUUUCCUUUUUCUGUGUCAAAUUGAAAAUCUGUUGAAUUAUGGAGGCUAUCAAUAACUUGAUUUGUAGAUUUAGGAGUUACCUAUGUACUCGAUUCAUUUACUUAUACAUAUUAAUUGUGCACUUAUAAUUAAGUGAGACUUCUCUUGUUGAAUGUUGUUAUCAAUUUCCUCAAUGUUAGAAAGUUGAUUUAUUUUCAAUGGAAAAUAAAUGUAUUUUUUAAAAACAA